GAUAGAUUUUUAUUGACAUUAAUUCGUCUUAGACAGGGUGUGGGGGAAACUUUUUUAGCUACAAUAUUUAGGAUAUCUCGUGCUACAGUUAAUAAAAAAUUUUAAAAUAGCAUUAGCAUAAUUCGACAAAAAUUAAAUUCUGUUAAUAUUUGGCCUAGUCGAGAGCAAGUCAAUGCUUUCAUGCCCCCUGCGAUUCACAAAACAUUCCCCACUUGUAGAGUAAUAAUAGACUGUACAGAAUUAUAUGUAGAACAGCCAUCCAAUCCAACCCACCAACAGUCAAGUUUUAGUUACUACAAAAAUCAUAACACAUAUAAAUCGCUAAUAGGUAUUGCUCUCAGUGGUGGUGUGAGUUUCAUAUCUGAUUUAUGGUUAGGUAGCAUUUCCGAUAAGGAAAUAACAAUAAAUAGUGGUAUUUUAGAUAAGUUGGAAGCAGGGGAAACUGUACUAGCUGAUAGGGGUUUUACUGUCCUAGAAAAUGAAUUUGUUAGGAGAGAUGUAACUUUGUUUACUGCAUUUUUUUUACAAGACAAAAUACAGUUUCCCAUUGACAAACGGUGUGAAAAUAAAAAAGUGUCCUCACAUCGUUGCCAUGUAGAGCGUGCUAUUGGCAGAAUAAAAUCUUUUAAGAUACUUGAUGGUAUCAUUUCCUGGAAUUUGAAAAACAUAGAUGAUAUCCACUAUAUUUGUGCCUUUUUAACAAAUUUUUCG